AUGGAAGUCGACAGCGAUAGAGACUGUUUUCCUCAAGAGGUCCGGCUGAUUCCCUGCGGAAAAACGUUCUUUGGUGGAAAAAUACCCUUCCAACUGUACAAAUCGCCUUCAAAUGGACUUCAUUUGGGGAUUGCAAGAAGUAAUAGCAAAGCGGUGGAUGUGAAUGUCACGUUGGGUAAGAUUUUGAUUUCUUUUUCAUGUGUUUUAGGUAAUGGUUUGAAAAUUUUUGGCAAUGCAACGGAAUUUGUGCGGAAAAUGGAAGAUUUUUUGGUUUCGCUUUUGUGUCUGAGUUUGCAAGGCUGUUUAUGAGGCAAUUGCCCGAGAAAAUUGCUCUAGCGUCCCCUUCGAGGACCAGUGUAACUAAAUUUUUGUUGUUUAGGUAAUAUUGUUGUUUUUUAGCGACAGAUCCCGGUUAUGGUGAUGGAGUUGCUCUGGCGACAGCAAAGAUGUCGCUGCUUGGAGGCCGUUCAUGUUCCUCGGUCAAUUUCAUUCCGCAACUUGCAGCUAACUGUUUCUGCCCAAAUAAACGAACUUUGAUAAACAUUUCUCAGGUAAGCGCUUGUUUUAUUUUUUCUUGGCUUUUAGGUACCUACCAUCUGCGGAUAACUAAAACCCCGCUUAUUUUCGCUGAAUUUUCUCAUCUCAUUUGCUAUUCUUUAGAGUCACACAUCAUUUACAUUCCGAACUCUAAGUGAAUCUGCAUUUCUGAACUUUCUCACCGCCUUGUACAGCUCGCUGCUGUUUCCCGAAUUUACUGACGAAAAGUUUCUCAACGAAAUCUACAAAAUCGCCGAGUUUUCGCACGAGUCCGGAUGUUUGUUUGAGGAAUUGUUGGGCACUGAGCAUCAUUUGACCAAGCUGAUGGAUGAACAAAAAACUCGGAUCCUGUUCGAAGAAGCCUCGUUGCUGCGAGAAUGUAAGUUCAGUUUCGGCUCUCUCAUCAGUUAUUUUAUAUUGCUUUAGCUCCAGUUGGUUCCUGCAAUUCGGUUCGGACUUUCCUGACCUUAGACUCGAUCAAGGCAUUCCAUUCUCAAUAUUAUAAGCCGUCCAACAUCUUCAUUACGGUUGUGGGCAAUGUGAAUUCGUACGAUAUUCCCUUGUUCAACUCUUUGACGUUCAUUCCGGAUCCAAAUCCAAUCGAGAGGCCAUUUUGUAAUCUGGAAAUACCAAAUCCGUCCUGUCACUACGAGAAUGUUACGAAGGUUGCGGGUUUGUCACAAACUGGCGAACCUAGUGUUGUUCUGGGAUUCCUGGGCGGAAAUGCGAGAGUAAGUGGGCCAAAUUUUUGAUCAGGAGCUGAAAAUUAAAUAUUUACUUUUUUUCUCAAUAUUUACUUUUUUAAUUUUAAUGGCUAUAUUCUUUGUUUUUUUACAGGACAUAACUACUCUAACUGCUGCCGAAGUAUUUGCCAACUAUCUUUGCAAGUUUUCCUCGCUUCAAUCUGAGUUUUUGCCGGAGUACGCCGCUUCGAUUGAGGUGAAGUUGAAGGUUCUGCCAAGAUGGGAAAUCAGCGUUGAAUUCGAUGGUGUUCCUUCGGAAAAGACGAAUAUGAUCGCUGAAAAGUAAGUGUUUUUCUGUCCAAUGUAAGCGUAAAGUUCAGAUUCUUAGGACUGGUCAGAGCUCGUGAAUUCAUCGAUCACUCCAGAAUAGAAUUGGCAGCACUUGAUCUCAUCCACGAAAAUCAACAACGCAUUGCCCAGGAUACCUUCCAACCCGAACUUUUCGAGAGGAUCCGACGAUUCCAACAGUAUUCGCUGGCGAUUGAUGACGAAUUCGCGCUGGCGAGGAAUUUGAAUCCGCAUGUCUUUUACGAACACCACGCCAAACAACCGAACGAAGCAUGGACCGAGUUUGUGACUGAAUGGUUCAACGAGAACUGCGCUGUGCUGGUGGGACUGCCAACGAAUGCCUCCGAAACUAGGAUGGACCCGUGUUUUCAGGUAAAAGGAAAAUUUUAAAGGUUUAAUUUUGUCUGUUUGUGACUUUCAAGGCUUUGUUUUCAUGAAUUAUAGGAGCAUAUUCGAAUAUCAUGUGAAAUGGAAAAGUACGCGAAUCAGUCCGAGAUUUUCGAAAAGGCUGAGCGCGCCGAGAUUCAUCUGCUUGAACAUCACGCUGGUCCCAACGAAAACGUCAAAACCAGCGUAUUCCCAACUCAACUUCCGUUCAAAGCACACAAAACAUGGAUCAUUGAGGCGGACACGAAAAGAUUGCCAAAGGGAAUUGAAGCCUGGAAGAAAUUUUUGAACGUGCAGAGCAUUCCGACGAUAUUCCAUGAAAUUGAGGAGAACAAGAGCGGGUUGAGUGUAAGGAAUCUCUGCUUUUCUAUCUUGUCCAUGUUGAUUCGUUUGAGGGAAGCUGCCGGUUUCUAAUCCACUCUUGAAAAAGACAUUCUCAUUUUUUUCACCGGGUCCGGAAUGAAAGUUUUUUAUCACUUUCUUUCUGCAGAUUAAAAAAUGAUAAAAUACAGAGUCUUGCAAAAAACAUGUAGGAAAUUCGGAGGCUAUUACCUUCGGCGGUGGCGGCGCAAUGACUUCGUAAUUGGAAUAUGUAUUUUUAAGCGACAUCUCUGGUUUUCGGGGUUAAAAUGUGCUACUUCAAAAGGUCGUGGCGGCCUCAGUUUGUCUUUUAAAAUCUAGUCGUCUCAUAGAGAAAAAUUGAUGUCGUUUGAGACUACGUGUGGCAGAUACGAAGUCUCUGCUCCGCAGGAUGUUGUAGCCUCCAACUCUUCGCGCUUUUUUAAGACCCUGUAGUGUUACCAAAAAAUGUUUCAGGCUUGCUUCAAUAUCAGACUGGACGACUUUGAACCAAAUUUGUUGAAUUUUGUCCCACUUUUAAUAAAGUUGCUUCAAAAUUCAGCGGUCUCAACACCGGAAGGGCGAUUACUCAAAGAAGAAGUCCUCAGAAUACGACUGGAUGAGCUUCAGUCAUGGUCGACGAAGCUGGUCAAUCAUGGGAAAAUGGGAAUGGUGAUGAUCGAAAUAAAACCAAAAGAAAAUAACAUUGAGCUUGUCUCAAAGUGGUUCCAUCACACUUUAAUUUACAGUGUUUUUAGUCAAGACGAGGUGAGAUUUUUUUGUUUCUCGUUUUUGUUUUCUUUUUUUUUAAUUUAACGAUUUACGUAUAUUUCAGGUGAAAUCCUCAAUCCAGCAGCUCCUCUACGAGUCCGUAAAGGCAUCCAGCGAUCUGAGUGCACUCAACAGCGUUAUUCUAAAUCAUGUGCAACUUGAUUCCGACGAUGUCCGACGACGAUUCAACCCCGUUUUGUUGGAAAACUUCCAUCUGACAUGUUUGAACCGAAUCAUUGACGAACCUCAGGCGCUUAUCGACGAACUGGAGCUGAUUAGAAAGAAGGUUAUCAACUCACCCAUUAAUCUGCAUAUUAUUGGCGGUCUUGAUGAGAUCAAAUUGGAGAAGAAGAUGGAUUUUGCGGAUUUUUUGAAGAAACGAUCUGAUAAUUGCGAAACUGAAGUACUUCAGGUAGGUGUUUUUAUUUAUUGUUGGUCCAUUCGCCGUUCUAGGUGCGGUCUGAAGAAUAUUUUUGCCGUUUUCAGAUGCGUUUCCCUACUUCAACCCCAUUUCACUGGGGUCCGACUUCCGAAACGCGGCUUUUGGCCAAAGACAACUUGCCAGCCCGAUCCUCCCUCUUCGAACGAGCCCACUACAAGACUGAGAGGUUCUCCGAGACCCACGCUGCCAUACUGAUCGUCGCCAAUUACGCUUCAAUGCCUGGAGGAAUUUUCUGGACGGAGUUGGUCAAAAUUGGCGCAGCGAAUGCGUUGGAGCUCAAAUAUUCCGUAGAAGACGAAUGUCUAGAAUUGAAGAUUGAAGGGAGCUACGAACUCAGAGCGAUCAGAGAAGAGGUUUCGGAAAAAUUGGUAAGAAAUUUUCAUAUUUUUGUGGGAAACAUGAAGACUUGCCGGAAUAUGAUUUCUUUUUUUAUGAUUUUUUAGAAGCGUAUUUGCGAAGGCAGGAACGUGGAUGAGUUUCUCUUUGAGAGCGCCAAGAAAACGUCGGUGACCGAAAUCAUCGAGAAUUACUAUGAAAAUUACAAUGAACAAUUGAUAAAUGAUUUUAUUAACAACAUCAAGGAACACGACCUACUGUAAGUAUUCCGUAUCUGUUUUAUUUUAAGCAUGUUUGAGACUCUAGAAAAUGGCUAAUUGUCUUGUUUCAGGGAAUUCAUUUCCAAGGUCCUCUCCAUGGAGCGCUCGCAGGCCACAAGGCUGGCCUUCUCCGCCAUGUACAAGAUCGUCCUGGCCGACAACCCGAGGUCGGUGGUAUGCGCGGAAUGGAACAUCAGCAACGAGGAUUGGACCUCGAGAGGAGCCUUCCGAACAACGGCAUCAAAAAUAGAUAUAUCCGACUUGUUAUGUUAA